AUGACCAUAGAAAGACGAAGAUCUCAGAAACUGUACCAUGGAGACAAGGAACCUAUCAGUAGGUGGCAGCCAUCGAUGGGAGCUGUGGUCAAACUUCUUCUAUCAAUUCGCAUUUCUGGAGCUCUUUGGUCGGUUAUCAGGGACACUGAUGAAACAUACAACUUCUGGGAAGCACUUCAUUCUCUCACUUAUUACAAUUCUACUUCAAAAUGGGAAUGUCCGCCGACCCACACCAGUCGAUCAUAUUUCUUUCUGUGGCUUCACUCUAUUCCUUCUUCUUUUUUUGCUAACUCAUUUGGACAGUCCAAAAUUGUGGUUUUCACAUUGGUUCGUCUAACGAUUGGAAUCGCUUGCUUGGCCGGGGAAUAUUAUGCAUUCGACAGUAUUAGCAAACGAAUCAACGUUUCAACUGGUCGCUAUUUCCUCAUAUUCUCAGCAUUUUCAUCUGGAAUGUUUCAUGCAAGUGUCACAUUGACUCCAUAUACGUUCUCUAUGAUCUGCUCGUUUUUCUACAUUGGAGCCUAUUUAAACGAAAAAAACAAGCUUUCUAUGUUUUUCUGGGUGAUGUCUGUUGCGAUUGGAAGUCCACAUACGACUGUAUUCGGUCUAACCCUUUUACUCAAUUCGUUAUAUUACAAAAAGAAAGAUGUCGGGAUCAAGAAAGAAGAUGUAGUCUCUGUUACCAUUUUUGCUGCGGUGACCACGCUUGCCACGUCUUAUGUGGAGACGAUAUACUACGGAUUCGGUCAUUCGGCUAGACGAGGACUGUUGUGGACUGAUUUUACACAUGGCCAAAGCUCGCCACAAAUGGCGGUUAUUAGUAUUCUAGACUUCAUAUCUAACUGGAACACUGCCUCGUUUCUUGCUGUUGUUGGUCCCUACUUGUCUUACAAAGUGUACAGAAAGUACAGGGUACCGGCAGAAAAUGAUAUUCGAUACCGGCUUCCCAACCCCAUCGAUCAAAUUCAUGAUUGUUUCACUAUUUUCAACCUAGCACGGGAUUGUUUCUUCUGGUUCGCUUCGUUCGCUCUCCUUAGCAGGAAAUUCGAACGGUUCAUGUUUCCGAUCUAUCCACAUGUUGCUCUUUUCGCUGCUCUUGCUUGUGAUGCCAUCCCUCGUUUACUAGCCGACGAGCUGGAAGAGGCCUCCCCCAUGCGAAACACACCAACUGUUAAAAGUUCUCGUCAUCCAUUAUCAACAACACCGACGUCUCGUUUUUCUCGAAAUCCCACAACACCUCGCACAGAACCCACUCGAUCUCGGACUGAUUCGAAUACUGAAACGACAUCGCCUCUUGUACCAGAACCAACAGAUCUACUUGUUGCUGAUAAUUCAAUGAGAAAAUCAGGGGUUCGAAUCGUACGUAUCGUUGUUGGAUUGUUCGUCAUCUGCUCGUUCUUGCGUGUCUACUCUAGUCAUCAAAGCUAUGGGUCAGAAAUGGAUAUCUACAAAGGGCUUCACGAGGAACUCAAUGCUCACGAAGAGUUCGGCAGGUUCAACGAUCCAAUUAGGUUGUGCCUGGGUAAAGCAUGGAAACGCUUCCCGUCUUCGUUCUUCAUUCCAUCAGAAGCUGAAGACGGAAAAGGAAAUUCACGAAAGGUCGAAAUGAAAUUCCUAGACUUCGAAUACACUGGAAUUUCUCCAGAAUCAUACAAAGAACUCAAACCUUUGGGUUUCAUGCUCUCGAAUGGGCAAUGCGAUGUGAAAUCUAAAAAUGCGGUUCUAAGCUCGUGUGAUUAUGUUAUCGAUAUUGAUAAACCAUCCACGAAGAAGAACCAUGAUUUCAGAGAGAUGCCGGAACAAUGGAAACGAAUCAUCUCGCUUCCAUACCUCGACGAAGAAAGAUCUCAUCCUCUGAUGCGUCACUUCUCCAUUCCCUUCUUCUCAUCUUAUUUCGAGCAAAUUCAAUUCACAACGAUUAGCCUAUACAGAAAGGUUGUUUAG